CUAUUCUUUUUGGUUUGUUAUUCUUUUAUUCAUAUAAACAAUAUUUUCCUAAAAGCAAAAAUGCUAUAAAUAUAAGAAAUUAAUAAAAGGGGAGGAAAAUACAAAAUUUUGGGGAUAAUUUUCUCCAAAAUUUCAAAUUGAAUAGAAAUGGCUCCAUUUCAAUCUUCCUCUCAAUUUGGUUCAAUUUUAUGCGUUUUUGUAGUUCUGGGUUUGAUUUUAAACCUAGCUUUGAUUUGUCAUGGAGGAAAAACAAGCAAUUUUGUCAGAAAAGUGGAAAAAACAAUUGAUAUGCCUCUUGAUAGUGAUGUCUUCUCCGUUCCUCCAGGCUACAAUGCUCCCCAACAGGUUCACAUUACUCAAGGAGAUCAUGAAGGAAAAGCAAUGAUUGUUUCAUGGGUAACAAUGGAUGAACCAGGUUCAAAUGAGGUGGUUUACUGGAAAAAGAAUAGCGAGAAUAAGAAAACUUCUAACGGCAAAAUGUCUAAGUACAAGUAUCAUGAUUAUACUUCUGGGUAUAUUCAUCACUGUACGCUAAAAAAUUUGGAGUAUGACACUAAAUAUUUCUAUGAAGUAGGUGUUGGACAAACCCCCAGAACAUUCUGGUUCAAGACUCCACCUAAAGUUGGUCCUGAUGUUCGUUAUGCUUUUGGUCUUAUAGGUGAUCUUGGACAAAGUUAUGAUUCAAAUGCGACUCUAACUCAUUAUGAACAAAACCCGAUCAAAGGGCAAACUGUUUUGUUUGUUGGGGAUCUUUCAUAUGCAGAUAAUUACCCUAAUCAUGAUAAUAACAGAUGGGAUUCUUGGGCUAGAUUUGUUGAGAGAAGCGUCGCUUACCAGCCCUGGAUUUGGACUGCAGGGAAUCAUGAGAUUGAUUUUGCUCCUGAAAUUGGUGAAACAAAACCUUUCAAACCAUUUAAGAACCGAUAUCCCACACCUUACAAAGCAUCAAACAGUACAGCUCCGUUCUGGUACUCAAUCAAGAGAGGCCCUGCUUACAUAAUCGUUCUAUCAUCAUAUUCUGCAUAUGGAAAGUACACCCCGCAGUAUAAAUGGCUUGAGGAGGAGUUACCAAAGGUUAACAGGAAUGAGACUCCUUGGUUGAUUGUUCUGGUGCAUUCUCCAUGGUACAAUAGCUACAAUUAUCAUUACAUGGAAGGAGAGUCGAUGAGAGUCAUGUAUGAGCCCUGGUUUGUCCAAUACAAAGUUGAUAUCGUCUUUGCUGGUCAUGUUCAUGCUUAUGAGAGAUCUAGACGUGUAUCGAAUAUUGGAUACACCAUUGUCAAUGGAGAAUGCAGACCAGUUGAAGACCAAUCUGCUCCUGUUUACAUAACAAUAGGAGAUGGAGGAAAUCUAGAAGGUUUAGCAACAAAUAUGACACAACCACAGCCAUUUUACUCAGCUUUUCGAGAAGCCAGCUUUGGACAUGCCAUUCUUGAUAUUAAGAAUAGGACUCAUGCUUACUAUAGUUGGCACCGUAAUCAAGAUGGUUCCGCUGUGAAAGCAGAUUCAAUGUGGUUUUUCAAUAGAUUCUGGCAUCCUGUUGCCGAAUCUGUUAGUGCUGUUAUUUGAUACGGAGUACUAAAUAUUCUUCAACAUACUGCAGGUGCCUAGUUUUCUAAUCAAUUUGUUCUGUCUUUUGUUAGGUAUAAUUGUAUAACCUAUAAUGAUCAGAAGGCAUAAGAUGUAUACUAAUGGUAGAGUAAUAAAGGUUACAUAAAGCAUAUAGUUUUCAAUUCCCCUGUAUUCCCUUUAAGCUAUGUGAACCUGAUGUUAUAACUCAUAAGAAAACUUUCUGCCUGUUACUUGUUGAUGAACAAGUAAAUUCCGCUAAUGAACAGAAAAGUAGGCAACGAGCUUCUCUUUUA